UAAAAAAUUCUCAAAGAAAUAACAGAUCCAUAAAAAGGAUUAUUUAAAAAAAGUUCUAAUGGAAUUUCGAUUUAUAUUAAUCCUGAAUCAAAUUAAAAAUUAGGUUAUUAGACUCUUUUUUAUUAUAUAGGAGCCUUAUUCGCAAAACUUCUAGUUGAUAAGGUUCCAUCUUCAAUUUCUCUUUCAAAAAUUUUAAUCAAACAAAUCCUUGAAAAGCCACUAGAUUUAUCUGACUAUGAAGAUGUACAUCCGGAAGAGGCAAAUUAUUUAUUCUGGAUUUUAAAUAAUCCUAUAGACGAUUUAGGCAUUACUUUUUCUGUAGAUAAAAUAGAAAAAAACGGAAAAUCAUUACUCAUGAUUUAAUUGAGAAUGGAAAAGAAGUUAGAGUUAAUGAAGAUUAUAAAAAAGAUUUUGUUUAAUUAUAUACUAAGUAUAAAAUGGUUGAAGAAACAAUAAUAUAAACACAAUGCUUUGUAUAAGGAUUUUAUGAUGUUAUUCCUUUAUAAUAUAUUAAAUCUGAAAACCUGAAUGAAGAAGAAUUCGGAUUGAUAUUAAAUGGAAAUUAAAUUUUAGAAGUUUAAUAAAUUUAAAAUAUUGUGAGUUAUUAUAAAUAUAAUGAAGAUAAUUCUAUUAUUAGAUGGCUUUUUGAAAUAUUAGAAGAAUUUGAAUAAGAUAAAAGAAAACUAUUUUUAUAUUUUGUUACUGGUGCAUUUUCAAUAUGUCAAAAUACUAAAAUUUAUAUUUGUUAAGAUGAUAAUACAAAUAAUUUACCUGUUUCUCAUAUAUGCUCAUUUUCAUUAGAUUUACCUUAAUAUGAUAAUAAAGAAAUACUAAGAGAAAAACUAAACUAGUCACUCGAAUAAUAAAAAGCUAUUCUCAGUAUUUCUUGA